GUGCUUCCCUUUGAUUGUUUGUUCACGUUCUGAGUUAAAUUCACAUUCCAUGUGAUGCAGUUUCAUUAGUUCUACGCCGUUGAAAGUGAUCAUCAUUCAAGCAAAGAAAUCCUUGUUUGAAGUGGACAUUAACAUUUUCUGAAGAUAGUCCUGGCUUCAGAAUUCUGCUGGAGUCGUACACGCCGCACUCGGAUCUUGCUGUUUUGGACGAACCUGUUCGUGUCAAAGUGUCGCUCUUAAACAUCAAACGCGAGAUGCUGCUCCCGAAAGUGACUGUUUUACCGAAAGGUUCCAAAGUAUAUCAUGAAGUUCUUCAUCUGGACAAAAAAACUCUUAACGAAUGCCUACAGAAAGAUGGAAGUUUCAGCAUCUAUUGCGAAAUUGAAAUGUGGAUGUCGAAAGAAACUGGCUCGGGCGUAUUUUCUUGUCCAGGAGCUUCACGGGAUGUCAAAACCGUCGUACCUCAACUUGAUCUGCAAGUUCCCCCUAAAAAGAAAAGGAUACGCCGCAGGAAGAAAAAGAACUCCAUCGAAGAACUCUUUAAAAAGAUGAAUUUAAGUGAUGUUACACUUGUUGUCGGAGGCCGCGAAUUCCACGUCAACAAGACGGUCAUUGCUUCCAGAAGCCCAGUUUUAGCCGCUUUGUUUAAGACACCAGGUGAAUCGUCAACGCGUGUGGAAGUCAAAGACGUCGAUCCUGACGUGUUCCAGGAAGUCUUGCGUUUCAUCUACACGGGUAAAGUACCCUUGGACAAGAUGGCGAAGAUGGAACCCGAAAUCUACGUUGCUGCGCACAAGUUUCAGCUGGAUGCCUUGAAAUAUGAAUGCGUUAAUUACAAGGUUAAAUAAAGUCAUCUGUUAACUGAUUACUGGAAUGACUGGAGACUCCCGAUCAGCGCCUUCCAGCCCAAAUGAAGUGGCGUGCCGUCAAAUUUUCCCAGAAGGACAUUGAAGAGAUUCUGCUACACCUUUAAACAGAGAUAAGAGUUCAGAAUUCGAUGGAUGUUUGUUAGGGCUGGUGGAGAGUUUAAUUGACUUGACCAACAAGACCCCAGAUUUCCUGUAAAAACAAGUUAAUAGAGAAAUAAAAGGCAUCUAGAAAAAUGGAAAAUGUCAUCAUCAAAUUUUUUCCUUGUUGCAUCGAGUGCCAUUCAACUUUUCAACUAACAAAAUGAAUGCAAACAAACCACGAAAAAAAAAAGUUGUUU